GCUCGUGUCUCACGCGAGCACAAGCCUCGUCAGCGCAGGGGCGCGUGCCACAUGUGAAGCGGAGGGGACAGCUCCCAGGUGCUGAAAGUGCUCGGCGCUCCAAAGAGAAAGAGAGACGCGGAGGGGGGAAGAGAAUCAACGCCUCAAUUAGACAUUUAGAGAAAACGCGUUUUCUGCAAAACACGGGCAUAUACAGAUAGAGCGCCAGGCCUUCAAAAACAGAUGGCUGCCACCCAGGAUGCAAAAGGGAAGGGAGAGGGAGGGGACCAAAACUUUGACUACAUGUUCAAGCUGCUGAUCAUCGGCAACAGCAGCGUGGGCAAGACGUCUUUCCUGUUCCGCUACGCAGAUGACGCCUUCACCUCGGCCUUCGUCAGCACGGUGGGCAUCGACUUCAAAGUGAAGACCGUGUACAAGAACGACAAGAGGAUCAAGCUGCAGAUCUGGGACACAGCAGGCCAGGAGCGCUACAGGACCAUCACCACCGCUUACUACCGCGGGGCCAUGGGCUUCAUCCUAAUGUACGACAUCACCAACGAGGAGUCCUUCGGCGCUGUGCAGGACUGGUCAACCCAGAUAAAGACCUACUCAUGGGAUAAUGCACAAGUGGUGCUGGCUGGAAAUAAGUGUGACAUGGACGAAGAGAGAGUGGUGUCAGUGGAUAGUGGCAGACUGCUGGCAGAACAGUUGGGUUUCGAAUUCUUCGAGACCAGCGCCAAGGACAACGUCAACGUCAAGCAGACCUUUGAACGCCUCGUCGACCUCAUUUGCGACAAGAUGUCCGAGAGCUUGGACAGCGAUCCGGCCGUCACUACGGGAGCCCCCACUGCCAAACUCACAGACAGCGCUCCGCCACUGCAGCAGCCCGGAUGCAACUGUUAGUGAGCGACGUGGGGGGGGGGGGGGAGCCAAAGGGAGGGCAGUGCAGGUCCUGUAAGGUGUCAGAGCGUGCAGAGUUUUUUGUUUCUCCCUCAGCGUUAUCACUCCUGCUAGUGCUGCUUCCUCUGGACUACAGUUCAAACCCAGUUUAGUAGUAGAAUUACAAAAUGCUGUCGUAUUAUCUCUCAAUUUUAUCACCUUAUAUCCAGAGCAAAUAACCAGACAAACAGUGAUAGCUGUGUCAGAUGUGUAACACUACAGGAUAUCUACAUUAUAGAGACACCAUAUUCUCAUUCUUCAGCUAGUUAGUACAGUUAUAAUCUGAGUGUGACCGAUAAGGCCAUAAUCAGGUGUACAGAGAAACAUUUAGACCUUGAGAAUCUUUAAGAUCUAGAAUACUAAUAAAAUGAGGGACAGAGUGAGUGCUUUAAUAGUUAUUAUUUUUUGUACAGUAUGUAUUUUACUUUUAUAGGAUUACUUUAUCUCCUAAAGCUGCCAAAUCUAUGAUUUUGUGCACUAAAGGAUGUAGCGGCUUUCUUUUGUGUCCUGAGUGUGUGGCUGUUGUGUGCGUCUGUGCAGUGUGUGAGUGCAUGAGUUUGAAGUCUGAGUGUAACUUUUUUGUCAUUAUUAUUAAAAAAAAAAAAAUCUUCUACCUUGGAUAAAAAAAGUGGCCUUUUAGCAUCUCCAACACGGCCUCUGUAGGUUCCUCUGUCAUGCUUUCUUUGGGAAUGAAUCCAGUAUGUUAUAAUGUUGAUGUGAGUAGUACUCCACAGUUUGCCGUCUGUAGAAGUGUGAUUUCUCGAUUAGUGUAUCUGUGAAUCUUCAAAGCAAAUAUUUCUAUGUGCUUCGCCUCUAAGAUGACCCUUUAUAGUUUGAUGCGAUGAGCAUGCUUAGGAAAACUCAAUCAUAUGUACUGUUUUGUCUUCAGAUAGAAUCUAACUAUGACAGUGACUAUCCAACAUUUCUUUAAAUAAGAGUCUCACACUGGUAAGGCACAGAAGAGUGUAUAAUAAUAAACUACUGAUCAGCUCUGGCAUGGAAUAAACAGCCAUAUAUUAAUCACAUUGCUUAACUUUUGAGUCCGCAUGCUAAAUGUCAUGUUUAUGUGAUGAAAGUUUAUCCCUACUUAAAGAAAAAACAUUUCAGACGUUCAGUUGGAAAUGGGAGCUUCUCCAAGCUGGCAUAAACACAGUGGAGCUCAUAAUAAUGAGUCAAAAUAAAGUAUAAAAGUUGUAGCUUCUUUUAAAAUCCAGAAUGCCUUUCAGUUGUGCAACUCAUGUAGAAAAAAAAAACAACAUUUGUGCCAAAACAUCAUAGUUCCUUUAGCAUUGUUGGUUGUUUGUUGCAUAGUCGAAUAAACCCCCCCCCCCCCCGAACAUUGCAUGAAGCCAGCCCUGACUUAUCCAUGUAGAUUUCUAUAAUAAGAUGUAUAUAUCUAUAAAUAUAUAUAUCACUCUGUGUUACAGAUUUAGAAGCGUUGUCACAGCACUUGCUGUGAGAUGCAAUGGGCCAAUAAGUGCAAUAUUUUAUGAAUGAAACCCUGUACAUAGUUUCUCCUGUCCUCUGCUGUUUGAGUGACAGUUUGGUCAGAAUGGCUGAUGUACAAUCUGGAGAAAAAAAAAGAGUGUGUGUGUUGUUGUGUAACUGCAGCCACUGAAUGUGAGACUGUGUGUGUGUGUGUGUGUGUGUGUGUGUGUGUGUGUGUGUGUGUGUGUGUGUGUGUGUGUGUGUGUGUGUGUGUGUGUGUGUGUGUGUGUGUGUGUGUGUGUACCUGCCAUAUUGACCAGACAAAUGACGUGAUAUAGUGUAUUGUUUGUGUAUACCUUUUGUACAAAUAUAUUCACGUACUAUAUGCUGUUCUGCUAAGUGUUGAGUGUUGGUUAAAGUUGUGUUUUCAUGUCCAAAUGCAGUGUUAUUGUGAGCGAUAGUCAGGGAGGUAAACUUAGUCCAUGCCAUAUGCCAUACUGUUGUAACACCAAGAAAAAGGAUACACUUACAAGCCCCAUGUGCAUCUGUGUGUACAGUACACGUGCCCCGUGCGUGUGCAUCUGUGUAUGUGUGUGAUACAUCAUUUAAAUGCUAAUAGCCAUGAAAUGAGUCAUUGCACUGGUCUCCAGCCAAGAUUCAUUUAAUAGAGGAAUAAUUAUGUGGCAAUUUGGUGCCCAAAAAAAAGUUACUCUGGGUCACUCUCAUUCUAGAUCAGUACGACUUUAAAUAUAACGGAAUAUAUUUGUUUCUUGGAGUGCAAGCAAAGUAAGAAAUAUGUUUUUGAGAUUAUAGGAAAUAAAUCAAAUUCUAUCA